CGCCGACGGACUCGCAAACCACCAACCCACGGGCUUUCAGAAACAGAAGAAUUGGACGCGAAUUGCUGCGGCGCUUUGUUGGGGUUGCUAGCUGUUUUUCCGGCGACUAAGACUAUCUCACCUGACGACUCCGCAUUGUCUCACGGUCACCAACUUCGGCCAGACACUAUCACCACCGCACAUCGACAUGGCUGCCCAGGACUCGGCGGGCGCGAAGCGCGCCAUGUAUUUGCUCAUGGGCAUCCCGGACCGGUUCAACGAGUUCUGCCACAUGGACCAAAUCAGCUUCGUGCAGCUCUCCGAUUGGAUCCUGAAGAACGUCGAGUCGCAGCUCUCGGUCAACAUCAGCAUUGAAGAGAGCCUGUUUGUGUUCCUCGACAUUGUCGCGCAGGGGAACAGCUUCAGCGGCGCGGCGUACGGCUGGGACCACGACGUCGAGCUGACACAAGGUAUAUUCAUGAAUGUGCUCAACGCGCUCACAGUCCUCCGCGAGAGCAAGGAGCUCUCGCCGUCGUGUCCGAGCAUCAACUCGACCAAGAGCCGCUGGCGCAUCGCAAAGGCGUGGCGCCCGGGAAGGUCGCGCAUGGACGGCCUGGUCAAGGUCGGCACGGACAGCAUGUCCGGCAACGGGAUCGAGGUGAACCAGGAGGCGCUGAAGGAGGCGUUGCUGGCGGUCAACAACUUCAUGCACGAGCGUGAAGAGUACGAGGACUUUGAGUGAGCAAAGCAUUUGCAUUUUCGGCGUUUGGUCUGGCGCAAUGGUAACGACAGGUAACGACGGACAGGCAUUGCGACGGACUGGGUUUGAUUUGGAUGUCGGCAAGACCGAUUGGGUAUUCGCUUCGUUUCGUUGUUGUAUGUAUGUCGCUCGUGUUCGCUGCGACGGUGUUUCAAUGGACACCCCUUCUUCAUUCUCCCUUCUGGCCCAGUCUUGAUAGACACCCUCUUCAUGAUCCUCCCUUCUUGAUCCCAGUCCAAUCUUGAGACACCCUUCUCCAUGCGUCGUCCGAUGGAAUUUCCUCAGCUGCCCAUCGCCACCGCGCCCACCUUCCCUGCGCCGAGCACACUCAACCUCCCCUUCUUGAUCCCCAGCGCAUUCUCAAUG